AUGAGCUCAGCCGCCGCGGCUAAGACCCGGCCUUACGGCGACCUGCAAGCGACCAUCAGUCUUGCCAACUGCUACUGCUUGAACGAAGACCCACAGCACCCCUUUCGCAAUCUCUUUUGCGGAGACGAGACGCUGCAGCUCCAGUCGGACGCGGAUGAGCAAUUGAUGCUCUAUAUCGAGUUCCAGGACCCGGUCAAGCUCUUUUCGCUCAAUCUUGUGGCGCCUCCGAGCGACCAGGCGCCCCGUGUGAUCAAGUUGUUUGUGAACCGAGCAAACCUCAGCUUUUCCGACGGCGCGGACGUGGAACCCAUGCAGACGAUUGAGCUCGAGGCAAAAGAUCUGGUACCGGAGAACGACGUCGAGCUUCGCUUUGUCAAGUUCCAAUGUGUCAAGAACAUUACACUCUUUGUUGAGACGAACAAUGGCGCGGACGAGACGGUCAUCUCGAGUCUCAAAUUCUUUGGUGAGCCGUUAGCUGGCACAAACAUGAACGAUCUCAAGAAGAUUAGCGACGAGUAA